UUGGUUCAGGUUGGCACUCCUCUGGCACAAGCAACACACAUCAAUAUGGCCUCAUCAUCAACUCAGCAGCCAGAGACCCACAACAACAAACAUCAAUCCACACAACCGACGAUCGAUGAUCAACUCAGCAGAGAAUUCCCAGAGAUCGGAGCCAUGUCGAAAGAAGACUUGCAAGACUUGCUCAACGACCCGGAUUUCUUUCAUGCAAUGCUCAUCAGACAACCGGAGCUGAAACGGUCGAUCGAAGACCAUCAAGUUGCGAUCAAUCGGAAUCAAGCCUUAGCAGAGAGAAAUCUUUCAUUGCGACCCAAAUUAGAAGAAUUAAGAGAUCAAGUGACCAAUUCAUUCAACCAAACUCAACAAACGAUUUCACAAUUUAACGACCUACUCAAACAACAAGCCGACCUAUAUCAGCCUUAUGGAGAAUCGGCAUCCCGAUCACGGCUAUUAACCGCCUUACAUGAAUCAGACAAGUUGACCGAAAGCUUAGCGAAUCAGUUCGUCGUCCAAGGCUUGUUGGAAGAAGAUCAGUUCAUCAAAGAGUUUCGAGAAGAAAGAACGAGAUAUCAUAAACGCGCUUGGGUUGCUAAUCGGUGGUCCGAAGGUUACUUUCGUUGGAAUUGAAUUCUUCCUCCGUUGCAUUUCUUUCAUCUUCUUGUUCUGCUAUCCCUCUCUUUUUAUUGUUGUAUCAAUACACAAAUGAAAUAAACAGCGUUAAUGU